AUGUGGCUCAUAGAAAGCAGCGAUGCUUUUAAUGGCCGGCGAAUGUGGCUUCGGCCAGGCAAAACCUAUCUCUUUGGUAGAACCGCCUCGGAGCCUGGCCAACUGGCUAUAUCUCAUACGACUAUUUCGCGAAAGCAUCUUACCAUUACCGUUGCUCCCGUCCAGGAUGGACAUGCGCACCACUUGACGAGCCGGUCCACGAUAACCGUCGAGGAUCUGGCUACCAAAAUAGGCACGGUUGUCAAUGGAAAGAAGUUGAGAGGCAGCAAGUAUGUUGCCAGUGGCGAAGAGCUGGAAGUCACCAUGGGUAAAUGUCCAAGCAAAUUUUGGAUCAAAUGGUUUCCAGUCGUUUGCACUUUUUCCUUUACGAGUAAAGAGUUGCAGACCGAUCCACUCACCUCUCUGCGGCAACAGUUCGAACAACUAGAUAUCAAGCUCCUGACGGAUUACAGCAUCGAGCACACCACUCACGUGGUGUCGAGGAAGCGCAACACCGCAAAAGGACUCCAAGCCUUGAUCAACGCGAAAUUCGUCGUGACAGAGACUUUCCUAGAUGCAAUCGCGCAAGCAGCGCAGCCCGGAAACGGUGGUGAACCAUGCGACCUGGAGCAAGAUUUUGGGCAGUGCUGGCCAGACGCUCUGAAUCACCUGCCACCUCGAGGCGGCGAGCCGGUCCAACAUCCGGACUCCAUUUACGCGCCAGAUCCGGGAAGAAGCGAUGUGUUUGAAGGAUACACAUUCAUCUUCUACGACAGCACUCAGUAUGGCAACUUGGUGGCACCAAUCACGAAUGGCGGAGGGAAAGCCAUGCUUUGCAGCGUCAUGCCUGGCAAAACCCAGGUAGAUGAGCUUGUGCGCUAUGCAAAAGAGGUGGCGGGAGAAAAGGGUCUGGGAUCCUUUGACGACGGAAGCGAAGGCAAGGGCGUUGUGCUUGUCAGAUACCUGCCAGCCAAAGGCGACAACAUUGGUUGGUAUGCCGAGUUUGUCACGUCGGUAUCGCUGCGUCUCGACCAUAGGCCCAUAGAACAGAACGAGUUCUUGGAGGCAGUACUGACAAAAGACGCCAGCAAACUGCGACGGGCUCUCGAAGUGGAACCCAUCACAGGAAGCCAGGAUGACGAAGCGGGUGCUGCGUUGCCGGCUGAGACAUCGCCAGCCACAGCACAGCCGGAGCCAGCAGCUGUGGACCGACAGCAAGCAAGCCGGAACAGGACGAGACGGACAGCGAAACGGAGAUUUGUGGGCUUCGAUGAUGAUGUUGAUGAUGGUGAUGCAGACGUCAGCAUGGUCGAACCGGGACCAUCCUCAACGCAACAAGACCCGGCGCCGGGUCAGUUGCAUGAUGAUGAAGGCGGCUUGUUCGUCUCUCAAGAGCCCGAUGCACCACUAUCGCAACCGGCCCCGGAAUCGGCUAAUGGGUCACCAAGGAAAAGACGGGCGCCCGCCGAGGAUAGUCUCAUGGAGGGCAUGGCCCCGGCAGCUGCUAAAUUCAAGCGGCAGCGUUUGGAAAGAGGGGGGGAAUUCGCCCCCCCCUCGCCGGAGCCCUCCUCGCAGCCUAUCGAGGGCCCGGCCAGGGUGAAGAGGGCGAAGAUGGAUGUACUAGCCAUGGCCGCUCGGCAUCGCGAGGAAGAAGAAGCACGAGCACGAGCCGAACGAGAAGACCUGGCCAACCUCCCGGACGAUAUCGACCUCGCAGAAAUCCGCCGCCUGAACAUUGUGGAGGAUUUUGAAGUUGGCGUCCCGGACCGCGGGGCAAGAACUAGGGAGCGAGACAUUGCUGACGGCAGAUGGAAUCCAAAGUGGAAUGGGGUGAAGAACUUUAAAAAGUUCCGAAAACGAGGCCAACUAGUCGGCAGACAGCCAGUCAGAACAAUCAUUGCGCUACAAGAGGUCAAAACCAAGGAGUUUGGCAUAGGGGAUAAUUACUGGCUGGAAGACGGGGAGGCCGAACGAAAGAAGUCUGUUGUCGCAAAUUCCCGCGCAGGACGCGGCGGCGCUCAAACAGCAGCGGGAUCCGCUGGCACAGAAUCACCACCAAAGACGGCUGCUACUCAUGUCGUUAUUUCAGAAAGCGAGAGGGAAGGAGAAGACGUGGCGUCUGAUGGCACGCACGCCGAAAGACUGACCGGUCCUGCUGCAACAAGCAGCACCAAGAUAACAGCCACCCCGUCUCAAGUGCGCUCCGCGGCAUCGUCUGCCCGAAACGCGAGGACGACGCAAGAGAAACGACCGGCGCCGGCCGCCUCUCCUGCAAGCACGAACCAAAGAGCGAAGAGAUUAAAGCCAAGUCUCCGACCUGCCGAGGUUGCAGAUAGCGACGAGAGCGAAGACGAUCUCAAGUUCAAAUUUGGAAAGCGGCGAUGA